ACCGCGCCACCACAUCUGCCUGAGCCACGAUGGGCCACCAGCAGCUCUACUGGAGCCACCCGCGGAAGUUCAGGCAGGGGUCCCGCUCCUGCCGAGUGUGUUCCAACCGCCACGGCCUGAUCCGCAAGGACGGCCUCAACAUGUGCCGCCGGUGCUUCCGCCAGUACGCCAAGGACAUCAGCUUCCUCAAGCUGGACUGAGCAGUGCCUGAACCCCCCACCCC